AUGUGGCAGCUGUUCAGUCGACGACAACAACAAAAAUCGAUUUUUAUAGUUAUUUUUGGACUUUUUAUUACUUCAUUAAUUGGAUUUUUUCUCUUAAUUAAAAUUUUAAAUUCAGAUGAUAUAAAAACAGUAUAUUUAACUUCAUUUAAAUCAUCAUUAUCUAGAUGUCAUUGUUCAAAAUCAUCGUUAAUAAUUUUUAAUCAUGGUGAAUGUUUUUUUGAUCAACCUGUUUGCUAUCCAGGAUUUAUUGGAGAUCAAUGUGAAAUAAAAUUAAAAAAUGAGACUUAUCGAUCUCAUUGUCCAAUAGAUACACAUAAAAUUCAAUGGACUCGUUCUUUAAUUAAACAAACUAAAAAAAAAUGUUUACAAUCAAAAUAUGCACAACAAGAAUGGAAUAUAUCUUGUAUAUUUCUAUGUUUUUAUCAUCGUUUAACUGGUAUAACUCAAAUACCAUCUAUAUUCUGGCAUAAAUCUCUUAAUAAUGAACUUGAUUAUUGGAAAGAAAAUCCAAUGAUAAUUGAUGAUCGUCUUCAGGAACAUGUUGAAGGUUUUUAUGGUUAUAAAAUUGUUCCAUUAAAAAUUAAUUCAAUUGUUGAAAUUGGUGCUGGUCCAUUUACACAAGUACAAUAUUUAUUAACACCAUUUCGUUUAAUUAAACAAAUAACACUUAUUGAGCCAAAUGCAUUAAAUUAUAUGAAAUUAAAUAAUUGUGCAUAUCGUGGUGGUUAUCUUCGUGGAUAUCCAAUAUCAAUAAUAGCUGAAUCAAUUGAAAUUAUCAUGAAAAAUCGUCGUCAAGAAAAAUCUUUUUUAAAUUCAUCAAAAUAUUAUUCAGCUUUAAUAUCGAUUAAUGUUAUUGAACAUGUUAAUGAUGCAUUAGAAUAUUUUCGUGGUUUAUAUGAUUUAUUAGAAGAUAAUGGUUUACUUAUAUUUCAUGAACGAUGGUUUGAUUAUCCACAACAAGGUGAUUGUGUACUUCAAAAUGCUGAAUAUUUACAUCCAAUACGAAUAACUAAAUGGAUUAUUGAUAGAUUUCUUAAUCAAUUUGAAAUACUUUAUAUUAAUUUUAAUCGAACAAAACGACAAAUCUAUUCACCUUGUUUUGAACAAGGAGUUUAUUUUAUCGGACGAAAAAAAUCCAAUUGUGUGUGA